UGUCACUAAGCUGAUCACUGAAGUCACCACCAAAAAGCAGCAAGCUUUAUUAGGGUUUAUAACUCGCAUAAUAUAGCACAUUUCGGCAUCUUCUAUCUCAAUUUUGUCACAGGCAGAGAUAAAGAGAGAUUGUAGCAAUGGUGAAGUAUUCGAGAGAACCUGAUAACCCCACCAAAUCUUGCAAAGCACAGGGAUGUGAUUUACGAGUUCAUUUUAAGAAUACAAGAGAGACUGCGUUUUCAAUUCGGAAGUUACAUCUGGCGAAGGCUAAAAGGUAUCUGGAAGAUGUUUUAGCACACAAACAAGCUAUCCCAUUCCGACGCUUCUGUCGUGGUGUUGGGCGAACUGCCCAGGCUAAGAGCCGCCAUUCCAAUGGACAAGGGCGCUGGCCUGUUAAAUCUGCAAAUUUUAUCCUAGAUUUGCUCAAGAAUGCCGAAAGUAAUGCUGAGGUUAAAGGUUUGGAUGUUGAUUCACUUUACAUCUCUCACAUCCAAGUCAAUCAAGCUCAAAAACAACGUCGCCGUACUUAUCGGGCCCAUGGAAGGAUUAACCCUUACACAUCCUCACCAUGCCACAUCGAGUUGAUUUUGUCAGAAAAAGAAGAAGCUGUUAAGAAAGAGCCCGAAACUCAGCUGGCGCAAAGGAAAACAAAGGGUCAAGCUUUACACAGUGGAGCAUCCUCCUGAAAAAACAGUAGAGCAAACACAAACAGUCUUGAUCGUGAUGCCUUGAGUUUGAUUCCUGAGAUGUUUGUUUAGAUGUUAAUUAUACUUGAUUAGACCGUUGGUGUAAACAGAAAGCGUGAUAGUUACCAUUGAAUUUUGAUAUUUGAUUGAUGGUACUUCAAUUUUACGCUAUUGGGUUCGUAACAUGUUAUUCGUGAAUGUGAUGAUGUGUAAGUACAGCAAAAACAUAUAGAACAACUCUUCAGUAGAUUGAUUGUCUAUGACACUAUAGAUGAUUUACUGAUGACGUGGUGGACUAGGUUUAUUUAAGAUUUUCACCGACUGAUGAUUACAAAUUUUAGUUAAUUCUGUUAUAUUAUUGAUAUUA